AUGGAGUCUGAAAAAUCUGAAUAUGUCUCGUCAAAUGGGGGAAAUGACCUUGAAGGUGAUGAACAGAAAGCGUUCAUAUAUUGUCGAGAAUCUGUUGUUAUAAGGCAAAGGAAGGAACCAUUCUUGAUGAUGUUGAAUGUCAAGUGA